ACGCUGGGUCCCGGGUCUCCAGCAGCGCACAGUCACUGAUGGGAGAAGAGGAAGUUUUCUCCUCCGCGUUAGGGACGGUUUGCUCUCCGGUUGCGACCGUACCCAUGGACGGGUUAGAGAGAGGGACAACCAGAAAAUCGUCGUUUGAGCUUCCGCGGAGGGAGGAAGACGCAGAAGUUAAUUCUGGCAGCCUGCGGUCCUGCGCCUCCUGGGUGACUCGUUCCGGGUGCUAUGAAGUCCGCGGCUUCUCGGCCUGACUCCCUGCUCUUCUUCGCCCUCCUGCGCCUUUUUGCACUGGCCUCAGCCAAGUUUACUGUUGUGGGGCCAGCCAAUCCCAUCCUGGCCAUGGUGGGAGAAAACACCACGUUUCACUGCCACCUGUCACCUGAGAAAAGUGCGGAGGACAUGGAGGUGCGGUGGUUCCGGUCGCAGUUCUCCCCGGCGGUGCUGGUGUACAAGGGCGGGCGAGAAAGGACCGAGGAGCAGAUGGAGGAGUACCGCGGCCGGACAACCUUUGUGAGCGAGGACAUCAGCCGGGGCAGCGUGGCGCUCACCAUACACAACGUCACGGCCCACGACAACGGCGUGUACCGCUGUUACUUCCAGCAGGGCAGGUCCUAUGAGGAGGCCAUCAUGCGCUUGAUAGUGGCAGGCCUGGGCUCCCAGCCCCUCAUUGAAAUGAGGGACCACGAGGAUGGGGGCCUCUGGCUGGAAUGCACAUCUGUGGGGUGGUACCCAGAGCCCCGCGCAGUGUGGAGGGACCCUUACGGCAAGAUUGUGCCCGCCCUGGAGGAGACUUACACUGAGGACCCGGAUGGCCUCUUCAGAGUCACCAUGGCUGUGAUCGUCAGGGACUGCUCUGUGAGGAACAUGACCUGCUCUGUCAACAACACGCUGCUCGGCCAGGAGAAGGACUCCGUGAUUUUCAUUCCAGAACCCAUUAUUCCCAGCAGUUCUCCCUGGACGGUGAUCCUGGCUGUCACCCUGCCUGCUCUGUUCCUCCUCAUCACUGGGAGCAUCUGUCUUAUCAGGAAACUCUACAGAGAUAAAGAGACUCUGUCAAUGGAAAAAGACCUUGAAAAUAAAGAGAAAGAAAUUGCACAGCAACUUCGAGAAGAAUUGCAGCAACUUCAAGAAGAAUUGCGAUGGAGAAGAAGCAUCGUACAUGCUGCCGAUGUGGUCCUGGACCCAGACACCGCCCACCCCGAGCUCUUCCUGGCGGAGGACCGCAGAAGCGUGCGGCGGGGCCCCUCCAGGCAGAGCCUGCCUGACAAUCCCGAGAGGUUCGACUGCCGGCCGUGCGUCCUGGGCGGGGAGAGCUACUCCUCCGGGAGGCACUACUGGGAGGUGGAGGUUGAGAACGUGAUGGUCUGGGCCGUGGGGGUUUGUAGGGACGGCGUGGAGAGGAAAGGGGAGGCGCUGCUGGUCCCGGAGAACGGCUUCUGGACCCUGGAGAUGUUCGGGAACCAGUACCGCGUGCUGUGCGCCCCUGAGAAGAUCCUUCCGCUGAAAGAGCGCCUCCGCCGGGUGGGCAUCUUCCUGGACUACGAAGCUGGAGACAUCUCCUUCUAUAACAUGAGGGACAGGUCGCACCUCUACACGUGUCCCCGUUCGCUCUUCUCUGGGCCCCUGAGACCCUUCUUCAGGCUGGGGUCUGACGACAGCCCCCUCUUCAUCUGCCCAGCGUUCACAGGGGCCCGUGGGAUCAUGGUGCCCGAGGGUGGCCUGGUCCUUUACAGGCCGGGGACCCGCCACCGCCACCAGCCCCAAUUCCUUGGCUUCAGAGUCAGGUAGAGACGCCCUGGCCCUCUCUGCUGGCGGAGCACAGCGCCCAGAGAAAAGCAGCCUUCUUCCCUCUGGUCACGUAAGACUCCUCCAGAGGCCCCCUUGACACUCUCUUCAGGCACUAGCUCCAUCUCUCCCUCAUUGGGCUGUUGCUUUAGUAGCUCAUCUGCUUGUAACGGUGGGGCAGGGGCCCAUCUCAGGGGAACUAGUGCUGCCACAUGGCUUCCAACCAAGAAGAGACUGGGAGGAACUGACAAGCCGAAAACCUGCUUUAACAUCAGGGCGACACAUUCAGCAUGGUGCUUGAGUUGACAUCAGACACUGUGGAUUUGGGUGAGGGCACAGGGGUCUGAGAGGAUGGAGAGAACCCCAGGGUCUUCUAAGGGGGGGGGGCGCGCCACAUUGGAGGUCAGUGACACAGGAAGAGGGACCAUAGAGCUGGGGCCUGGGGGGUGGGGAGGGCGCGGACAGGGCUGUUGGCAUGGCUAAGCCUCACCGUGACAGCCGAGGGGUUCCAGGACCUUAUGGUUUAUUUCCACCCCACACCCAAGAUUUCCAACCCACACAGGAAAGCUCCCCAGACCGAGAACUGGGAUGAGAGAUGAGGACACCUCUAGACCUGGCCGGCUCAGGAGCCCCUGCAGUGCACAAGGAGUCAGUGCUCGGUGCCAGUGGCCUGAGGUGGAAGGUCCUGGCCAAGCAGGCAAGCAGUGAACCCAGCCAGUUACAGGUCCAGCUCCAUGGGGACUGCCGCGGUGUCCAGUUUCUUGUCAGGAUGCGUUUAUAUACUUAAAAAUUACUGAGGACCCCAAAGAGCUUUCGCUCGUUUUGCUUAUAUCUGCCAAUAUUUACUAAAUUGGAUUGAAAAGUCUUUAAAGGUGUAUUUAUUAACCUAUAUUUAAAUGAAAGUUAUAAACUGAUUACAAACUAAUAUAAAUAACGUUUUGUGAAAAAUAACUUGUUUGCAAAGCAAAAUAAGUGUUAAGUGAGGUGUGUGGAAUUGUUUGUUUUGCAAAUAUUAUGUCCGCCUUAAUAGAAGACAGAAUUCUCAUAUCUGUUGAUGGAAGAACAUCCAAACCAGUAGAUAAUUUUCAGAAGAGUGUUUUUGAGCCAAACUGAUGACAUUGCUGGGAAGCAAGAUCUCAGAUGCUCUGGGGAAUGACAGUUUUGCAGUGUCUUUUAUGCAUUUGGAUUUAAGGAGGGAAGGUAAGUAAGAUUGCACAAAGGUGGGAGAAAGCAAGGUGUGUUGCGAGCUGGCUGGGAUCAGCCUGGGACACUGAGGCUUUAGGUUGGCAAGCUUGGGUCUCCAGGUAGAUACAGGCCUGGGGUGAGCAGCUUUGGAGCGGUUUGGUGGGGACCUUUGGGACAGUGCUUCUGCCUUAAACUGCUUCCAGAUAACGCAAGUGCGAAGAGUAAAGAUCCCAGCUUGCUGAUACGAAUAGCUUAUGGACAAAGGGACUCAUUGCUCAUGGACUGUGGACUUGCAUUUUCGAUAUGCAUGACCGCUCUGGGACUUUCCACCAUGCUUCACAUGCUUGGGACUUUCUACUGCGGACUUGUACA